GUAAUUCCUCGUCUCGUGUAAGCGUAUAAAAAGCUCGCCCCCUUGAAAUUGAAUCGAAGCAAAACAAGAAUGGGGAGGGGCCAAGCUAAGAGUGACUACGAAAAUGUCAGAAAUGCUCGAAUAUUGGAAAAUCAGGCUCGGUUGACUUCGUUGGGACUGCACAAAACCAUCACCGAGCUCCGAUCCAUAGCUUCAUCUGCAAAACCACCCAAAACCCAUGUCAGAAAUUACCGCAAGAAAGUCUAUGAGCUCACCUCUUUGCGCCGCUCUAAUCGCUUGAAGGAAAUAACUGCCACUGCUACUGCCACUGUCUCAAAGCACGAUUCAUUUCGACGAUCUGAGAGGUUAAGAGGCAAAUCCGGGAGUUUAGCUGGCGGAGAAAGUGAAGAGAGGAGGCCUGCAAAUGCGCCUUUGGUGGAUGUAAGGAAAUCGGAGCUCCAGCUUUCUUCCGAGUCUGCGGCUCAGCGUUGCAAUAGCAAGGGCCGUGGCAGUGUCUAUCACCCGGUUUUCGGGAUUCAUUGCCAUUUAUGCAGGCAAAAGAAGUUGUGCGGUGAAGAAGAUUGCAAGCGAUGCGGUAAUCUUGAUAUGGACCAGCCAUGCAUUGGAAAAACGGAUUGUUCAGUUUGUCAUUCUAGCAGAGGUGUUCUUUGUCGAGGUUGUCUCAAGGUUAGGUACGGUGAAGAAUUGGAGGAAGUGAGAGAAAACAGGAAAUGGAUGUGCCCACAUUGCAUAGAAGAGAAAGGAGUAAACCCUUACUGGAUAUGUAACAGUUCGAUUUGCCUAAACAAGCGAAAUAUGGCUCCAACUGGGGUAGCAAUAUACAGAUGUCAGGAGAUGGGAUACAAAUCAGUGGCACAUCUGCUGAUGGAUGAGCUUAAACUAGCAGACAAGAUGCCCUCUCUAUAACCUCCAGUCGAUGAAGCAAGAGCACUUUAGUUGUUUUUGAUCUGAGUGUUUUGAGCCUAGGUGGAAUUUUUGUAUGACUCAUGUUUUAGGAACAGACCUUUGACCUGCUGUGGCAUUGACUGUAUUAUUAGCUCCUUCCUCUUGACAAGAUCCUACUAUGAUUCAGUACUUCAUUUCAUAUGCAGGAAAUCAACUGAAUGAUUUUAUGUAAUUAAGCUGUUUGGAUAAAUCCCAUGUCCC